GCGAAAGUCACCUCUUUGCGAGCUGCACGCCCUCCUUUAAACCUAACACUUCUAGCAGUGAUAAACACAAAAGGAAUGACAGACAAAACAUACCUGAAACGGAGGCCAUCGAUGAAAAGACCCCCAAAAGGGACAGCAAAGUGGAACACAAGGGUAAACAAAAAAAGGUAUUAAAACAAGAAGGAAAUAAAAUACCACUAAGUGAUAGCAAAGAAAAAAGCGAAAAUGAAGAAAAAACGGGAAAUAAAAACUGUGCUAACUCAAAUAAGCUAGACAUUAAUAGGGCAGAAAAACAAAUCAACCUUUUGAAAGGUGGUGCAACUAAUGGACAUGUUCCAAAUGAGGAAAAACGUCAACUUAGAGAUCCCCCUAAAAGAACAACAAAUGUGAGCACCCCCAAAUUGGUCAUCCACAAAAUCGAUAGGGAAAAUACCAAGGAAUACAUUUCCAUAAAAAUUGAAAAUAAACGGAGCGCAGUCAAAAAAUGCACACUGGAAAAAACCAGCAAGGUGGGAAAACCAAAUAGAGAAAAAAAAAGAGUGCAUAGUGACAAGAGAGGACUUCCGCAAAGCUUGCCACCGGAAGGUGCUCAAAAGUGCGCGGUUAAACAAAGUACUGACGAUCGGCGGGGUCGUUCAAAUAGGAGUAGCAACACGGAGGAGGAAUCAGACUGCGCUCAAAAUUGUACACCGACCCCACCAACAAAUUGCGCACCAAACAAGCCCAAUUCCGCACCCACGUGGACCACUUGGCGCGUCCGUCUAUUCCCCCUCUUUCACAUUCAGAAGAAUCGAAUAUACGCAGAUAAGAACAGUAGAGCGUACACCACCUUGACGAACCACAUAAACUGCAUUAUUUGCAAAAUAUUUAAGAUGCAGAAGAGACUUCUCAUCUUUCAUACAAUCGUCUACUCCGUGAAUGUCCUAAUUUUCUAUGCCAUACUACAGAGGGACUUACUGCUCAAUCAGGAGACUAGCAGAAACACAAAAGGCACACUGUGUAUUCUCUAUAUCAUCAUUGCAGAAUUGUACAUACUAUUGUUAAACAACGCUUUUUAUUUUUUUUUUAAAAAUCAGAUCAAAAACGCCAUUUUUUCCCUAGACAGGGUUAAUUUAAUAUAUAUCAUGAGCCAACUAUUUCCACAGUACUCGUCCUUUUUUAGGAAGCAAUUUUCCCUGCAUGAAAAAAACGGCAACUCAUUUUUCAACCGGUUGGAAGGUCACCAAAGGGGCGGACACAAAGGGAAAACUUUAACAGAUGCGGAGCACUUUAUGAAUGCAUGUAACAACUUGUCCAUUAAAAAAAAAUCCUCUGUACGCUUUGCGGACCAUGAAAUACUUGACAAACUCAAAAAUGGCCAUUACAAUGCGACAAACCCAGAAAAUCAUCACGCGCGAUAUGCACACAACAGCGGAGAAAGUAGCACGAGAAAAAAUGCACCUACUAUGAGUGGGGGAAACUUAGUUCUUUUACAAAGCAUGAGAGGAGGUCUCACUCAUUCGCUUUUUAACGCAUAUGACGCGACCCCGUUUGGAACAGAUUCGAAACAAACACAACUGUGUAACAGUUUAACAGGACAUGGAAAUUACCCGUGUUCAUUUGAACAAGCUGGACAAAAUGACGAAAUAAAAUACGCCGCCACAGGGGAAGCACACACGAAUAAAUCUACAGAGAAUGAAAAAAUAACGAAACUGACAGUUUUCAUACUAAAUGAACAAAAACAAAACAUUCCGAAUCGAUUUUUCUUUUUAAAAUUAAGAAAAUACUUCAACUUCUUAAUAAUUUUGUUUGCUUCUUCGCUAAUACACAUCACCAUCUUUCUCGAAAUAAAAGAUCCAUUCCAUUUCCACGUAAAAGCCAAUUUGUUUUUUUUUAUUUUCGUAUCUUUUAUCAUUCUCCUCCAAGUGCUCAUUUCCGUAAUGGUAGAAAUUGAGGAGAUUUUUAUUCAGAAAAUGAAAACGUUUUUAAACAAAAGGGUUACAUUUUUGGAUUAUCAGUUGGCCAUGUAUCUGGGUCUGCAAUAUUAG